AUGGGAAAUAACUAAAAAAAAAGUGAGUAAUAGAAUAACACUUAAAAUAUUCUAUAAGAUUUAAUGAAAUCUAACUUGAAAGCUCAAACUCAUAUUGACUUACAGUUAAAAAAUUAUACUCUUAGUAAUAAAUAAGUUGCUUAGCUUAACAAUUCUUUAGUAAAAUGUUAAAAAUUAAAGUCUUUAGUAUUAAAUCUUAAUAAGGAAAGUAUUUCAGAUGAUUAGAUAAAUUAAUUAUUUACUAAAUAUUCCUCGAUAAAGAAAUAUGUUGAAACUGGUAAUAAUGUGAGCAAUGAUUAAAUAUACUCCCAAAUUUUGUUUUUCCUAAAUAUUUUUUACGAAGGAAAUCAUGAUUGUCAAGAACUUAGAUUAAAUGAUAUUGAAGCUUAAGGAAAUAUUCUAUUAGAAGAAACUAUGAGCAAUCUAAUUAAUCUUAACAGUUUAUAGCUAAAUUUAGAUGGAAAUUAAUUAGGAGAUGGAGGUGCAGUUUGGAUUUGCAAAGUAUUAAGUAGAUGCAAAACGCUUAAUAACUUAAAUAUGCAACUUUGGAAAAAUAAAAUAGGUGACAGAGGAAUUUCUAGUAUUGCAGAAGGUAUUAGCAGUUGUGCUUAACUCACAACUUUAACUUUAAAUGCAAGUGCUAAUUUAUUUGGAAAAGAAGGUGCAUUUUCUAUAAGUACUACAUUAAGUAGUUGUAAAAUGUUGACUCAUCUAGAUAUUAACCUUUUUAACAAUUAAAUUGGAGAAGAAGGAGCAUCAGCUAUUUGUAGAGUAAUAGGUAGUUGUUAAUUACUUGAGAAUUUAAAAUUUGUGCUAUGUAAUAAUUAAAUUGGUGAUAGGGUAGCAUUUUGUUUUGGAACAGCAUUAAGUAACUUAAUGUCACUUAUUAAUUUAAAAUUUUGUUUUAGUAAAAAUAAAAUUUCUGACGAAGGAGUUUUAAAUGUUGGAUUAGGUUUAAGUUAAUGCAUUCAACUUAAGAAUUUAGAUAUUCGAAUGAAAUUUAAUAAAAUUGGAAAUGAUGGAGCUUCUGCUAUUGGUAGUGCGAUUGGUAACUGUAAAUAUCUUGAUAAUCUCUCAUUUUUCAUUGGUGGAAAUUAAAUUGGUAAUGAUGGAGCAUAAAAUAUUGGAUUAUGUUUGAGUAAAUGCACUCAACUUACAAAUUUAGACUUUAGAAUACAGUAAAAUCAAAUAGGAGAUGAUGGAGCUUCUACUAUUGGUACAGCACUUGGUAACUGCAAAUUGCUAACUAAUCUUAUAUUUUACAUUCAUGCAAAUUAAAUUGGAGAUAAUGGAGCAUAAAAUAUUGGAUUAGGUUUAAGUAAGUGCACUUAACUUACAAAUUUAGAAUUAGCAUUAGGGUAAAAUCAAAUUGGGAAUGAUGGAGCUUCUACUAUUGGUACAGCACUUGGUAACUGCAAAUUGCUAACUAAUCUCAAAUUUUACAUUUAUGCAAAUUAAAUUGGAGAUAAUGGAGCAUAAAAUAUUGGAUUAGGUUUGAGUAAGUGCACUCAACUUACAAAUUUAGACUUUAGAAUACAGUAAAAUCAAAUUGGGAAUGAUGGAGCUUCUACUAUUGGUACAGCACUUGGUAACUGCAAAUUGCUAACUAAUCUCAAAUUUUACAUUGGUGCAAAUUAAAUUGGAGAUAAUGGAGCAUAAAAUAUUGGAUUAGGUUUGAGUAAGUGUACUUAACUUAAAAAUUUAGACUUUAUAAUACAGUAAAAUCAAAUUGGGAAUGAUGGAGCUUCUACUAUUGGUACAGCACUUGGUAACUGCAAAUUGCUAACUAAUCUCAUAUUUUACAUUUA